AUGUCCAAACCACUUGCAGGUCAAGUCGUUGUAGUCAGCGGCAGCUUCAGAGCGUAUAACCAUGAAACGAUCAAGUACAUCGUUGAACAGCUGGGCGGUACCUUUAGCGCUACGGUGACCGAUGCGUGUACACAUCUCGUCACUUCCAAGGCUGCGCAUCCGGCCGACCAGCAGGCUAUUGCGCUAGGGAACGAUAUUAAGAUCGUUUCUCUCGAUUGGUUGACUGAUUCGCGCGAUAAGCAGACGCAUAUGUACGAGAGUCCGUAUUCGCUUGCUUUGCCGGCUCCGGGGAAGCCUUCGGUAGACGGUACUGGUCCUCGAAGAUCUGGCAGGACUACUCAAUCUCAGUCCCAGUCCCAGUCCCAGUCCCAGUCUCAAUCCCAAUCGCAGGUCCAGUCUCAGCCUCCAGCCCAGUCACAACCUGCAAAGACCAAUGGAAAGGCUAAGAAGAGGGCUAAGAACAAGAAGGAUGAGGAUGAUGAGGACGAUGCUGCUGAUCAGCCACCUGCGAAGAAGCAGAAGGCUGAUCCGGCAGAUACCAAAACCCAGACCAAAGCAAAGGCUGCCAAAGACGCCAAAGACACUAAAGAUACCAAAGAUACUAAAGAUUCUAAACCUACAAAGGCUACAAAAGAUACCAAGGCUGCCAAGAAUGAUGAGUCUGUUCUUAAUGUCCCGGUUGAUGAUCCCGUUCCAAACAAGAGUUCGUACAAAGUCUGGCAAGAUAAAGGCGUUGUCUUUGACGCUGCCCUGAACAAAACCGACUCAGGCGCCAACAACAACAAAUUUUACUUCAUCCAACUCCUCGAGGGCCCGAAUUCUGGAGACUUCUCCACGUGGACCCGGUGGGGCAGGGUUGGCGAAAAGGGCCAGAUCUCUCACCUGAAGGCCUCGAGUUUCGACCAGGCUAUGAACACUUUUGAGAAGAAGUUUAAAGACAAGAGCGGCCUCGCCUGGGCCAAGAGGAAUGAUGCUCCAAAGAACAACAAGUACACUUAUCUGGAACGAUCCUAUGAGGACGAAUCGGCCAAGAAGCCGAAAAAGGACAAGCCGAAAGACAACAAGCCAAAGAAGGAGAUUAAAAAGGCAGAAUGUACUUUGGUAAAGCCCGUGCAGGACCUCGUUGCACUGAUCUUCAACCAGACUCACUUGAACGCCGCUAUGGAGGACAUGUCGUACGACGCGAAGAAACUGCCAUUGGGAAAUCUUAGCCAGAAGACUCUCCUCCAGGGCUUUGAGAUCCUGAAGCAGUUGGAUGCACUGGUGCAUGACCCCGUUAAGGCAGCACAGUCUCCCGCCGACAUCAACAGACUCAGUAACCAAUAUUUCUCCUUGAUUCCUCAUGCGUUCGGUAGGAAUCGGCCGCCUGUGCUGAGAUCGGCACCGCAAAUUAAGAAGGAGGUUGAGAUGUUGGAAGCACUGACUGAUAUGGAGAUCAGUAGCAAGAUUAUGAGUGCCUCCGAGGAAGAUGAUGAUAACCCCGUUCAUAUUCUUGACAGACAGUUCCUGGGACUUGGUCUUAAUGAAAUGACUCCUCUUGACCACGCAUCAACUGAGUUCACCGAGUUGGCAGAAUAUCUUACUCGAUCUCACGGUGCUACACACAGCAUUAAAUACGACGUAAGUACCGACUCCAACAAUGCUACAGGCAAGACAACUGAAUUAACUGUGUGUGAUCAGCUGCGCAACAUUUUCCGCGUUGAGCGUCAUGGAGAAAACGAACGCUAUGAAAAAUCCCCUUACGCCAACAUUCCAAACAGCUGCCGUCGUCUACUCUGGCACGGUUCCCGUACCACCAACUACGGUGGUAUCCUCAGCCAGGGACUCCGAAUUGCUCCCCCCGAAGCCCCCGUUACCGGCUACAUGUUCGGUAAAGGUGUCUACUUUGCUGAUGUUUCGAGCAAAUCAGCCAACUACUGCUACCAUGACCUCAGCGACAACAUUGGCUUACUCAUGCUUUGCGAUGUUGAAGUAGGCAACUCAAUGCUUGAACUGACCAGCUCCGACUACCGCGCUGGCGACUUGGUCAAGAAAGCUAAUAAAUUGGCUACUUUGGGUCGUGGACAAGCUAUCCCUAGUGGAUGGAAGGACGCCGGUUGUGUUCACAAAGACCUCGCCGGUGUUUUGAUGCCGGACUGCUCUAACCCGCUUGCUUCGGAUUCUAGUAAUGGUGUAUGGCUUCAGUACAACGAGUAUAUCGUGUACGAUGUGGCGCAGAUACGCAUCAAGUAUCUGCUUGAAGUUGGAAUGAAAUAUUGA